CAAGGGCGUCGCGUCCCGUCGCCGAGCCAGCCAUUGCCGCCUCCGGGCUCGCGAGUCGCAAGCGCAGCCGCUAGGGUUCCGUGGGGGCGAGGCCGCAGCACUAUGUGGUGGAGGGCGGUGAGGGCCCGCCGGCGGAUCGCCGGGGCGCGGCCGGCGUCCACCGCGGCGGCGGCGGCUGAGAAGAGCUGCCGCGCCGUGGUGGUGCCGCGUUUCGGCGGGCCGGAGGUGCUGGAGGUCAGGCAGGGCGUGCCCGUGCCCGAUCUGAAGCCGCGGGAGGUGCUCGUGCGCACGCGCGCCGUCUCCAUCAACCCCUUGGACCUGCGAAUGCGAUCUGGCUAUGGACGCUCCAUAUUCGAGCCACUCCUGCCUCUUAUCAUCGGACGUGACAUCAGCGGUGAAGUUGCAGCCACAGGGACUUAUGCAUCAUCAUUUUCUAUUGGGCAAGAAGUGUUCGGUGCGUUGCAUCCAACAGCUCUCAGAGGGACAUAUGCUGAUUAUGCAAUUCUUUCACUGGAUGAGCUGACUCCCAAACCAUCGACUCUCAGUCAUGUGGAGGCUAGUGCAAUCCCAUUUGCUGCAUUGACUGCAUGGCGUGCUUUACAUGGUACGGCUCGAAUUUCUGAAGGACAAAGAGUACUUGUGAUUGGUGGAGGAGGAGCGGUUGGGCUAGCUGCUGUACAGCUUGCAGUUGCUGCAGGGUGUGGGGUUUCUGCUACCUGUGGAUCCCAAAGUAUUGAGCGAGUUAUGGGAGCUGGUGCUGAACAAGCUAUUGAUUACACCGCUGAGGAGACAGAAGCAGCAGUUAAAGGAAAGUUUGAUGCUGUUUUAGACACAAUAGGAGUACCUGAGACUGAAAGAAUUGGCAUAAAUGUUCUUAGGAGAGGUGGACACUAUAUGACUCUUCAGGGAGAAGCGGCGGCACUAGCAGAUAGAUAUGGAUUGGCUGUAGGGCUUCCUGUUGCUACUGCUGCUUUACUAAAGAAACAAAUGCAGUACCGUUCUUCUCAUGGAGUAGAGUAUUGGUGGACAUACAUGAGAGCUGAUGCUGAAGGGCUUCAUGAGAUCCAAAGGCUAUCUGGAGCUGGGAAAUUGCAGAUACCUGUGGAGAAGACUUUUCCCAUCAACCAAGUAAGAGAAGCUCAUAUGGCCAAGGAGAAAAAGUUGGUUCAUGGCAAGGUGGUUCUUGAAUUCGACUAAUGGUAGUAAGAUUUUCCCGUCAGGAACUGAAGAGCUGUGCGUUUGUAAAUCAUGAUAGUGACUCCUUUUUUUUGGGGGGAAAAUCUGGAUAGCUCUGAUGCCGUCAGGAAAAUUUCUUUUGUUCCAGUAGGAAUGCAGUAAAUAAUCGUAUCAGAUACGGGCAAGAUUUUGCGGAUGCAUUUCUUCUGCCACACUCCAUGUAUGAUUGCAUCGAGAUACUUGAUGCUUCGUGGUGCA